AUGCAGAUGCUGUGCCUCUUUGGAGCCCUAUUGUACAGCGACGUGCGAAUUGUGCUGGCCUGGAUCACAUGGGUCCCUCCAGCACUGAAGGCAGCACAGCGGUUGCUCCAGGGAUCCAAAUUGGAGGUGCAGCAGAAUGGCCUGCUGGGGGUGGGAGGCCUGGGGCUGGUGGGUUGCCUGCUGGGCUUGUGGCCAUCACUGCUGGGGCUGCUGAGCCUGCUGGGGUGGGCGGCAGCGGAGGCCGGAGAGCUGGCGUGGGAGUACUGGAAAGUGCACUCAGAACCGGGCGUCCUCUAUCUUGGCGAGAGGGCGUCAGGGCUGGCGAGGAACAUGGCGGAGGAGGAGGCAAAGGUUGGCGCGAGCACCAUGGAGUUCUACAGGACCUGCCUGCCGGCAGUGCCCCUGCUCCUGGUGGGGUUCCUGUGUGGGGAAGGCAUUGAGCUGGUGGAGCAUGAGCUGUCGGUGCCGGCAGUGAUGACGAUGCUGUGUUCGGUGGCUGCCUGGGCGACAGCGGCUGUGACUGGCCUUCUGCUGGCGGACGGCCUCUCUGUGCCAGCUCGCUCCGCCCUCAAGGCUCUCGCUUGCAUUGGCACUCUUAUUGCCUCUGUCGUGAUGGGAGGACUGGGCUCGGUUGGGGGCCUUGUGGCGGCUGCAUUUGUGGUGGUCAGCGGGGUUGGGCUGCAGAUGGGAGACCUGGUGCAAGGCUCAACUGCCUGGGCAGUGAUUGACAGAGAGUCAGCCAACCCACUGGAAAAGCAUGCGCCCAUGUCUCACGCCGAGAUCUGCAGACAUGCAGCAAAUGUGGCAGAGGUGGCCUGCGCUGCCGUCAACCCAGUCAAGCAGAGACACUUCUACCUGGCCAUGAAGACCGACUUCAACGCAGCCCCAAGCAUAGGGUUGCAGCAAGGCCCCAGCGGGGGCAUGGAGGAGACAAUUGAGGUUGAGGCGACAGUGAAGCGCUUGGAUCGAGGCCUUGCCACCGUCAACAUCCGGAUCUUCAGCCGCAGCAGUGGAUCUUUGGGCGGCCGCAGGCUCUUUGCUGAAAUGAAGGCACUGGCGCUGCCAUCCCCGUUCACAGACCUGAUCUGCCUGUCAGACAUCCAGGCGCCAGCAGCUGACAUCCGGACUGCCAGCCUGCACUUCAAGGAUGCUCGCCUGACAGCAGGCCACUUCCCGGAUGUGCCGGCCCUACCAGCAUCCAUCGUGGGCGCCAACGCAGUCCAUCUCUUUUCGCUGGCUUCCAAUGAGGACCUGAGCCAGCCAGCGCAGCUGAGGGUGGUGCGUCAUGCAAUGAAGUACCGGUCACUGCCAAUGCUGGGGGAGACACUCGCCUUCACUGCCACGCGCGUGGGCUGCCAGGAUGGGAUCACACACUUCAAGGGUAGGGUCACAGAAGCAGCCAGCGAGCGCGAGGUCAUGAUGUUGGAAAUGCAUGCUGCAGCAGAGCCCUGA